GGUGUCGUCACGCGCUGAGUCACGAGAGGCGAUGACGUUUCCAGGGCUUUCUGGUCAGAAGUGAUCAGAGGCAGCAGCAGAAGCUCCUAAACAUGGCUCUGAAUCGGAAUCAUUCCCAAAACGGCGGAGUUUUGAUCAACAACGGUGAAACUAUUUUAAGGGAUUGUAAGAAUGUGGAGCUGUCCUUUAGUGAUGUCACCUGCAAGACGGACCUGCUCAGAGGGACCAAAAAGGGCACCGUUUACCUCACACCCUACAGGCUGGUGUUCGUGUCCAGUAAUACCAAGGAUUGCCUGGGUUCAGCUAUGUUUCCAUAUUAUCUAAUGAAGGGCUGCAGCAUUGAGCAACCAGUCUUUGCAGCCAACUACAUUAAAGGGACAGUGUCAGCUGAACCUGGUGGUGGCUGGGAGGGCCAGGCCCAUUUCAAGAUGUCAUUCCCGAGUGGAGGUGCCAUAGAGCUGGGGCAGCAUCUCUUCAAACUUGCAACAAAUGCGUCUCGUGCUGCUCCUGCCCAGAAUGGUGCUGCCUCCUACGGAUAUCCUUCACCUGGAAUGAUGAAUGGCUACGGACCUGCUCCCCCUUCUUAUCCAUACCCAGCAGCACCCCAGCAGAAUGGCUUCUACCAGGGCCCUCCCCCUGCUGCAGGCAACAUGGGCUACCCAUAUCCAACAGCAGCUGCUGGAAUGUACCCAUCUGGUUUUGACUACAUGGCCCCACCGCCACCGUACCCUGGGCCACCCCAAAAUUGGACUCCACCCCCUCAGAACUGGGCAGCAGCACCACCACCGCCUCCAGGUAACUCGAAGGCAGCUGAAGCGGCAGGCAGCGCCUAUUACAAUCCCAGCAACCCACACAAUGUCUACAUGCCCAUGGAGCAGCCUCCUCCAUAUGCACCUAAUCCAGACUCACCUGACAAGAAAACCAACUGAGGCUGAGUCACCAACAAUUCUCUUCUGUAUCUCAAAUAUAGUCUAAAGCAAAGAGUGAAGUUAAAGGAUACUCUUAUACAGAAGAACAGACGAGACUAACACAUGGCUCGAAGCUGAAUUUAUGGUCUUUGAGCCCUGGAAUAGCUUCUAAAACAAUCACACCUCUUACCUAAGUUCCUUCAAAGUGACUAAUCAGCGUUUAUUUCAUUAUAGGGUCUCUAGCAGGUAGCGAAGGGCAGAUGAACGGUCCAAGUUGAGAAACGAUGGGAGGAGGCAGAGCGGGGAAUGUAUUUUUUAAGAUGGAGAUUUAUUACCAAAACCUUUUGUAGUGAUUUUGUGGUUGCAGUUCCUUUAGUCAUUAAAGAUAGCAACAUUUAUUCUGCCACUACCUGUAUUAUUGCAAAUACGGUUUCCUGAGUAGUGCUUAGUUCUGUAUCUGUCUUUCCCCAUAAUAACUGAAGCGGCGUUGUGUGCAGACAUUAGUGUCAUAUAGUUCUUACAUAAAACCUUGUAUGUGUGCAAUAUUUCUAGACUUACUGGUGUUUUUCUAGCUUCUGUUGUGUUCACGUAUCCAAACCCAGAGACCACAGCUCUCCUCCACUCUUACACUAAUGUGGUGGCGUUGUGCAUGUGGUCUUGCUGGAUCCAGCUGUGGUGCUAACAUGCAUCCAACCGGUGAAGGCAGCAGCGUCAGCGCAUGGCUUUAGUGGAGAGGUAUUCCUGCUUCUGGUUUUGUUUGUUUGACCAAAUGUCAAAUCUCUCUUCAGUUCUAAAUCCUGUUGCUGAAUUUUGUCUGUCAGUUAAAAACUAAUAAAUGUAUCAGGUAUUAAAUUA